CUUUCACAUUCCCCAGUUUUUCAUAAUAAUUUUUCAAGGAAGGAAGGAUCUUUGUGUCCGAAACUAUACGAAAAUAAUCAUGUACGGAACUCUAAAAACUUUAUAACAAAGACAGCUGGUUAAGUAAAUGUGUUGGCAUAUUUGCUAUUUUAAUAAUAUGCUGCUAUUUAUUCAAGAUGUAGUAGUUUUGUUUACAUAUGAUAAUAAGCAGGCAUUUAGCAAAAUAGGUACAGUUCAUUCAGUUAGAUAUAGUGGCUGAUGAGUGUUAAUCAUGUCAAGCAAGUUGCAAGAGAAUAAUGGUUACAAAAAAGAUUAUCACACUAUAGAUCAAAAUGUGUUUGACGUUUCUAAAUGGGGAACAAGACACAAGCAAUGCGUCCUGUUGUUUUUCAUCCUGACCAUCGCCUACAGCAUGCGGUCGUGCAUGGGCGUGGCGCUGGUGGCCAUGGCGCAGCACGCUGGAGCAUCCGCGGCUAACGCAAGCGCACUCGGCGCCACGGCGGUGGCUAACGAUAGCAUCCUUGGUGCCACUCUCGCGGUUAAUGGCAGCAUCCUUGGCGCUACGCUCGCGGCCAACGGCAGCGAUGAGCUGCAGAUCAAGGGAUUCUUUAAUGUUCUACUGCUGUCGCCUCCAUACCCCAAAUUCAAGUGGAGUAAAAAAGUGCAGGACACGGUGAUAUCGGCCUUCUUCUGGGGGUACAUGGCGCUGCAGGUGCCGGGCGGCCACCUCUCGUACAAGUUCGGCUCGCGCUACUUGCUGUUCGGCGCUCUCAUGAGCAACUGUGUGUUAGCCCUGAUCUUCCCAAUUGGUUCUUAUUACGGAGGCUGGAUAUUCGCGCUAGUAUGCAGGAUGGGGCAGGGCCUGAGCCAGGCCUGCAUCCUGCCCAGCUUCCACACGAUGCUCGGCAAGUGGUCGCCGCUGGAGGAAAGAGGGAGAAUGAGUGCUAUCAUUUACGGAGGUCAAGCUCUGGGCACAGUGUUGGGGCUGCCUAUAACCGGAUUUAUAGCGUCUUCACCAAUAUUAGGCUGGCCUGGGAUUUUCCGGUUCUACGGCAUUAUGUCUGGAAUCAUCGCUGUCGUCGUGUGGUUUUUCCUAGCAGACUCUCCGGCGGUACAUAAAACCAUAUCAGUGGCUGAAAGAAGGUACAUUGAAGAAUCGUUACGACAGAAAUCUGAUAACAAGAAGCAACUGGCGGUCCCGUGGAGGAGCAUCCUGAGCAGCCGCGCCAUGCUGGCCAUCGUGGUGGCGCACGUGGGCAGCACGUGGGGGCAGGUCAUCCUGUACUCCGAGGUGCCGGCCUACAUGGACCAGGUCAUGGGGGUUAACAUCAAAGCUAACGGUUUGCUGACAGCUUUGCCGUUCUUCGUGAUGUUCUUCUUCAACUUCUUCUUUAGUUGGCUGAGUGACAUGAUGAUCGUGAAGAAAUAUUUCAGUAUUACUCACACGAGAAAGAUUGCUAACUGUAUAGCUUACGUGCCAGCCGCCAUCGGCUUCAUCGCUCUGGCCUACGCGCCGCAGAACAUCUACGUGGUGGAGAGCAUCCUGGUCAUCAUCUGCUGCUUCAAGGUCGCUGGUCACGUUGGGUUUCAUGUGAACCACAUCGACAUUUCGCCCAACUUCGCGGGCGUGAUGAUGGGCAUCAGCAACUUCAGCGCCAACGCCGUCAGCUCGUUCGCACCCAUCAUCGCGGGGCUUGUUCUGACGGACCCGACCGACAAGGAUCUUUGGAAGAUAGUAUUCUUCAUUGCGGCUGGGUUAUACUUGUUCACGAACACCGUGUACCUUCUGCUGGGCACAGCAGAGCCGGCGGACUGGAACGAGCCUGCUGAGUACGCGCGCGUGGCCGCCGGCGACGACGCGCUCGAGAACGAACCCGACAGUAUUAUGGAAACUGGUGCAGUAAACAGUGGAUAUAAGGAUGGAACUAGUGCAUACGAAGAUAGUGAAAAUAUAAAGAUGAUGAAGAUGUAGAAUAUGUAGAUAAGUUAUGAGUAGAACUUGUGAUAAUUGAAGUUUAAAGUAAGUUAGUUAAUUUCUUGGUUACAUUAACGAGUAAGUUCAUUUCCAUUUACAUUGAAAAGCUGUGAUGAUUUUUUGUAUUUGUGUGCCAACAGCGGGCGAUGUUACAAAAUAACUACGUAUUUACUUAUGUAGAGAAACUGUUAUUAGUUAGGUAUAGUUACAUUUAAUUUAUUCUCACAAAAGUUUAUAGAGCUAAGUUGUAACUUUUUAUUGCUAUAGUUGAUUCAUAUUGAUAAACCCAAACUCACUGUAUAUCAUUAUAAGCACCUUUACUAUUUAACGUGUACACCGAGCUUAUAAUGCGAAUCACUCUUGAAGACUGGACCGAUGGUGUUGCAAUUGGUGGAUACAAAAUUGCGAACUUGCGGUAUGCAGAUGAUACUACCCUAUUUGCGAGUAACGCUGACCUUAUGGAAGAAUUACUUCUCAAAAUGGAGCGCGUUAGCCUUACGUUUGGGUUGAAGAUUAACCGAUCGAAGACCAAGGUUAUGAUCGUGGAUCGCUCUAAUGAAAAUUCGCCCGAAGUGACACACAUUGCGAACUGUGACGUAGUUCAGACCUACGUAUAUCUUGGAGCUCUCAUCUCAAAUAAUGGCGGCUGCGUAGAUGAAGUAAAACGUCGUAUGGCCAUAACCAGAACUGCGAUGGAGAAGUUAAGGAAGUUAUGGAGGAAUCGCAACAUUACCAAAGCCACCAAAGUUAGACUUGUGCGAGCGCUUGUAUUCCCCAUCUUUCUUUACGUAGCAGAGACAUGGACAGUACGCGACUUGGAAAAGAGGAAGAUAGAUGCCCUAGAGAUGUGGUGCUGGAGAAAGAUGCUCGGGAUAUCAUGGACAGAGUUCCGUACCAAUGUGUCCAUACUCCAGGAGCUCGGUGUCACUCAGCGUUUAUCAACCGUAGUACAGUCGCGCAUACUGCAAUACUUCGGACAUGUCUCGAGGCGGGAUGACAACUCCAUAGAACGACUGGUCGUCCAGGGCAAAGUCGAAGGAACCCGAUCGCGUGGCAGGUCACCAAUGCGCUGGACUGACCAAGUGAAAGCAGCAGUAGGAGACGGCUUAUGUGACUGCACCAGAAAGUCUGCCAAUAGAGAGAGAUGGAGGGAGAUCGUGCGGAGAGUUGUAUCCGCCUCUACAACCGAUGUAAACAACGCCUCAACGUGACCACGACCGCUCUGCCAAGAGCGUAACGACUAAGAAGAAUAGCAGUUCUGAAUAAUAUCAAUAUUAUUAAAAUGUAAAGUAACUAUUUAUUUUACAUAGGUACCUUUAUCAAUAACUAAUUUUAAUUUAAUGCUGUUAAAACACUGUUAAACAAAUAAAGUAAAAUAAAAAUAAAAUAAUUAAAUCCUCGCAUCGCGUUAAAACCUGUUUAAAUGAAUGGAAUUGUAGAGUCGACUAAUUUUAUUAAAAUCAAUUUGAUUUAUUGUCUUUUGGUAAAUGCAAAUACCUAUAACUAUUGUAACUAAAUCCAGGAUAAGUGAAUAUUUUCGGACGCGGCUUAACAAAGUGCGUGGUGCAGGUUUUCCUUCGAGCGAGCUCGACCUCGUGCUGCAGCUCACGUGACGCGGAAUGCUUCGCAGACAGAGUUCGUAGCACGCCUUUCUACGAUUGUAACGCCUAAUUCGUAGUCACGUUUGUGUGCACAAUGCUUUAGCACCAAUCUAGAAGCGUUUGGGAAACCGUCCGUUACAAGUUAAAAAAUGGGAAAAGGACUUGCUUUUCAUGACUUUAAGACCGCACACUCGUAAUAACAUUUCCAAGAUUUACUUUGUAAAAGCCAAAACUACAUCAAGUUAACAAAUAAAGAUUGAAUUUCAAAUAAAAAUAUUUAUCCAUUCGCUUCUAGGGCACAUUUACAGCAAUGGCAUUGGCCAGGGGGUGUCGAAACUUGUGUAAUUGUUGAAUGUUUUGCAUCAGCUGCCCGGGAAAUGUCGGGCUCACGUUGUUCUCCGUGUGUUUAGCUCACGUACACCCC